GCUCUGUGUGCCGCCGUCCCUGCAGCUGGCCCAGAGGAAGACGAGGUGGCAGGCGCUCGCCCGGGGUCCCAGUUGCCUUUGGAGGCUGGCUGGAUUCUGAGCUCCAUCCAUCUAAGUUAACCCGGAGUUGCCUGCCCACAUCUGGAUACCGCUGACCCAGAAAAGAUACAUACACCAGGCAACACCACAAGCAACCCUUCGGGAUCCGACCGAGAGCAGCAGUCCCUGGAGGCUGAGAACCGGGCUGGAUGCACGCGCCCAGAUGGCUGUGAGCUCAGCUUGGUGGUGCUCCAUCCUGCCCCUGUGGCUCCUCUGGGGUGCUGCCUACUCCAGCGCUGCGUCGGGAGACGACACCCCGUUUGCUUUUGACAUGGAAGGGAGCUCCCCGGUGGGCAGGCAAGACCUACCUGAGACCAGUGAGCCACAUGUGACAUCCAGAAGCCCACCGCCUGUGGUCCAGAGAUGUGAUACCGGCUACUUCCGGGCCUUGUCAGGAGAGUGUUUACCCUGUGACUGCAACGAUAAUUCCAAUGAAUGCUUGGAUGGCUUCGGAUUCUGUGUGCACUGCCAGAGGAACACAACAGGGGAGCACUGUGAAAAAUGCCUGGAUGGCUAUAUCGGAGAUUCCAUCAGGGGUGUGCCUCGAUUCUGCCUGCCCUGCCCCUGUCCCUUGCCCAACCUGGCCAAUUUUGCAGAAUCCUGCUAUAGGAAAAAUGGAGCUGUUCGGUGUAUCUGUAAAGAAAAUUAUGCUGGACCUAACUGUGAAAGAUGUGCUCCUGGUUACUAUGGAAACCCCUUACUCAUGGGAAGCACCUGUAAGAAAUGUGACUGCAGUGGAAAUUCAGAUCCUAACCUGAUCUUUGAAGACUGUGAUGAAGUCACUGGCCAGUGUAGGAAUUGCUUACGCAACACCACAGGAUUCAAGUGUGAACGCUGUGCCCCUGGCUACUUUGGGGAUGCCAGGACAGCCAAGAACUGUGCAGUGUGCAACUGUGGUGGUGGCCCAUGUGACAGUGUAACAGGAGAAUGCUUGGAAGAAGGUUUUGAACUCCCUACAGGCACGGACUGCCCAACCAUAAGCUGUGAUAAGUGCAUCUGGGACCUGACGGAUGAUCUCAGGUUAGCAGCACUCUCCAUUGAAGAAAGCAAAUCUGGGCUGCUGAGCGUGUCCUCCGGCGCUGCUGCACAUAGGCAUGUGAAUGAAAUGAACUCCACCAUCUACCUCCUCAAAACAAAAUUGUCAGAAAGAGAAAAUCAGUACACCCUAAGGAAGAUACAAAUCAACAAUGCUGAGAACACAAUGAAAAGCCUGCUGUCUGAUCUGGAAGAAUUAACUAGAAAGGGAAAUCAAGCCUCAAGUAAGGGGAAACAUGUUCAGAAGGAGAGUAAGGAUACCACUGACCAUGCAACUCAACUUGUAGAACAAGCCCACAAUAUGAGGGAUAAAAUCCAAGAGAUCAACAAGAAGAUGCUCUAUUAUGAGGAGGAGCAGGAACUUGGCCCUGAGGAAGUCGCUGAGAAGCUGGUGUUGGCUCAGAAGAUGGUGGAGGAGAUUAGAAGCUAUCCAUCAUUUCUCAUGCAGAGAGAACUUGUGGAUGAGGAAGCUGAUGAGGCCCAAGAUUUGCUGAGCCAUGUUGAGAACUGGCAGAGACUACACAAUGAUACUCGCUCUUUCUUUCCUGUCAUCUUGGAGCAAUUGGAUGACUACAGAACUAAGCUGUCAGACCUCCAGGAAUCACUUGACCAAGCCCUUGACCAUGUCAGGGAUGCUGAAGACAUGAACAGAGCCAUAGCCUCCAGGCAGCGAGACCAUGAGAAACAACGAGGGAGAGUGCAGGAACAGGUGGAACUGGUAAACAUGACUCUGAGUGCAUCUGCUGAAGCUCUGUCAACCCCUCAGCUGACCCUUGUGGAGCUUGAUGACAUAAUAAAGAAUGUAUCAGGAAUUUAUGCAGAAAUAGAUGGAGCCAAAAAUGAACUACAAGGAAAAUUAUCUAACCUAAGUAACCUCAGUCAUGAUUUAGUCCAAGAAGCUAUUGACCACGCCCACAACCUUCAGGAAGAAGCUGAUGAGCUGAUCAGACGUUUGCACAGCUCAGAUAUGAAUGGGCUGGUGCAGAAAGCCUUGGAUGCAUCAAAUGUCUAUGAAAAUAUUGCCAGUUAUGUUGAUGAAGCCAGUGAAAAGGCAGAAUUUGCUUUGAAUAUCACUGAGCGAAUUUAUGACGCUGUGAGUGGGAUUGAUACUCAGAUCAUUUACCAUAGAGAUGAAAGUGACAACCUUCUCAAUCAAGCCAGAGACCUGCAAGACCAAGCAGAUAUCAGCAAUGAGGCAGCUGUAGCUGACACCAGCAGGCGUGUGAGUGGAGCUCUCUCAAGAAAGGACAUCCUUAAAAACAUACUAAAUGAUGCCGUGAGGAGACUCCAGGCAGCAGAAAGAGGUGAUGCUCAGCUACGCCUUGGUCAGUCCAAGUUGGUCAUCGAGGAGGCUAACAAGGCGACGAGGGAGGUCCAACGAGUUACUGGUCCCAUGGCUGGCAAUCUCACCGACUGGUCACAGAAUCUUCAAAGUUUUGACUCUUCAGCUUAUAACACUGCCGUGGACUCUGCUAGAGAUGCAGUAAGAAAUCUGACAGAAGUGGUCCCUCAGCUCUUGGAUCAGCUUCGUACUGUUGAGCAGAAGCGGCCUGCAAGCAAUGUUUCUGCCAGCAUCCAGAGGAUCCGGGAGCUCAUUGCUCAGACCAGAAGUGUUGCCAACAAGAUCCAAGUCUCCAUGAUGUUUGAUGGCCAGUCAGCUGUUGAAGUGCACCCCAAAACCAGAAUGGAUGACUUAAAGGCCUUCACAUCCCUCAGUCUGUAUAUGAAGCCUCCCGUGAAGCAGCCAGACAUGGCUGAGAUCUCAGAUCAGUUUGUUCUCUACCUCGGAAGCAAAAGUGCCAAAAAACAAUACAUGGGCCUUGCAAUAAAAAAUGAUAACCUGAUGUAUGUCUAUAACUUGGGGACUAAGGAUGUGGAGAUUCCCCUGGACUCCAAACCUGUCAGUUCCUGGCCUGCUUACUUUAGCAUUGUCAAGAUUGAAAGGAUAGGGAAACACGGAAAGGUGUUUUUGACAGUCCCAAGUCUCAGUAGCACAGCAGAGGAAAAGUUUAUUAAAAAGGGGACAUUUGCAGGAAACAACUCCUUGCUGGACCUGAGUCCUGAGGACACAGUGUUUUAUGUUGGAGGAGUACCUUCAAACUUCAAGCUGCCUCCCAGCUUAAACCUGCCUGGCUUUGCUGGCUGCCUGGAGCUGGCCACUUUGAAUAAUGAUGUGAUCAGCUUGUACAACUUUAAGCACAUCUAUCACAUGGAUCCCUCCAAGUCAGUUCCCUGUGCCAGAAAUAAACUGGCCUUUACUCAGAGUCGAGCUGCCAGUUACUUCUUUGAUGGCUCCAGUUAUGCUGUGGUGAGGGACAUCACAAGGAGAGGGAAAUUUGGUCAGGUGACUCGCUUUGACAUAGAAGUCCGAACCCCAGCUGAUCAUGGCCUUGUGCUCCUGAUGGUCAAUGGAAGCAUGUUUUUCAGCCUGGAAAUGCACAAUGGUUACUUACAUGUGUUCUAUGACUUUGGAUUCAGCAAUGGCCCUGUCCAUCUUGAAGACACGUUGAAGAAAGCCCAGAUUAAUGAUGCAAAAUACCAUGAGAUCUCAAUCAUUUACCACAAUGACAAGAAAAUGAUUUUGGUAGUUGACAGACGCCAUGUCAAGAGUAUGGAUAAUGAAAAGAUGAAAAUACCCUUCACAGAUAUAUACAUUGGAGGUGCUCCUCCUGAAAUUUUACACUCAAGGACCCUAAGAGCACACUCUCUCCUGGAUGUAAACUUCAGAGGAUGCAUGAAGGGUUUCCAGUUCCAAAAAAAAGAUUUCAAUUUACUGGAGCAGACAGAAACCUUGGGAGUUGGUUAUGGAUGCCCAGAAGACUCUCUUAUUUCUCGCAGAGCAUAUUUCAAUGGGCAAAGCUUCAUUUCUUCAGUUCAGAAAAUAUCUUUCUUCGAUGGCUUCGAAGGAGGCUUUAGCUUCCAAACAUUACAGCCAAAUGGCUUACUAUUCUAUUAUGCUUCAGGGUCUGAUGUGUUUUCCAUUUCACUGGACAAUGGGACUGUCAUCAUGGAUGUGAAGGGGAUCAAGGUCCAGUUGGCAGAAAAGCAACUGAAUGAUGGGCUGGCCCACUUCAUCAUCGCUUCUGUCUCACCCACAAGAUAUGAGCUGAUAGUAGAUCAAAACAGACUUGUGAAUAAGAAUCUUACCAAAGGGAAAGCAGAACCGUCUCCAGCAGGAGAGAAGAAGUAUUACUUUGGUGGCUCUCCCAUCAGUCCCCAGUAUGCUAAUUUCACCGGCUGUAUAAGUAAUGCCUACUUUGCCAGGUUGGAUAGAGAUGUGGAGGUAGAAGAUUUCCAGCAGUACUCUGAAAAGGUCCAUACUUCUCUCUCCGAGUGUCCCGUGGAGACUUCACCAUUGUUUCUCCUUCACAAAAAAGGAAAAAAUUCCUCAAAACCUAAGUCAAGUCAGAAUGGAAAGGGAGAGAAAAUUAAAGAUGGACCUUCAUGGGAUCCUGUUGGCCUGAAAUUUCUAGAACAGAAUGCUCCCAAAGAUUCCCACUGCCACCUCUCCAACAGGCCAAGAGCAAUAGAGCACGCCUAUCAAUAUGGAGGGACAGCCAACAGCCGCCAAGAGUUUGAACACUUAAAAGGAGACUUUGGUGAAAAAUCUCAAUUUUCCAUUCGUCUCAAAACUCGUUCCUCCCAUGGGAUGAUUUUCUACGUCUCAGAUCAAGAAGAGAAUGACUUCAUGACACUCUUCCUGGCCCAUGGUCGCUUGGUUUUCAUGUUUAAUGUUGGCCACAAGAAACUGAAGAUUAGAAGCCAAGAGAAAUACAAUGAUGGCUUGUGGCAUGAUGUGAUAUUUGUUCGAGAAAAGAGCAGUGGCCGGCUGGUCAUAGAUGGUCUGAGAGUCCUGGAAGAAAAUCUUCCUCCCACUAGAGCUGCCUGGAAAAUCAAAGGUCCGAUUUAUUUGGGAGGAGUGGCUCCUGGAAGAGCUGUGAAAAAUGUCCAGAUUAACUCAGUCUACAGUUUCAGUGGCUGUCUCAGCAAUCUCCAGCUGAAUGGGGCCUCCAUCACCUCUGCCUCUCAAACAUUCAGUGUGACCCCUUGCUUUGAAGGUCCCAUGGAGACUGGCACUUACUUUUCAACAGAAGGAGGAUAUGUGGUUCUAGAUGAGUCCUUCAACAUUGGCUUGAAGUUUGAAAUUGCAUUUGAAGUUCGUCCCAGAAGCAGUUCUGGAACCCUUGUCCAUGGCCACAGUGUCAAUGGGGAAUACCUAAAUAUCCACAUGAAAAAUGGGCAGGUCAUAGUAAAAGUCAACAAUGGUGUCAGAGACUUUUCUACCUCAGUAACACCCAAGCAGAGUCUCUGUGAUGGUAGAUGGCACAGAAUUACAGUUAUUAGAGAUUCAAAUGUGGUUCAGUUGGAUGUAGACUCUGAAGUAAACCAUGUGGUUGGACCGCUGAAUCCGAAGUCAGCUGAUCAUAGGGAGCCUGUGUUUGUUGGAGGUGUUCCAGAGUCUCUACUGACACCACACUUGGCCCCAGGCAAACCCUUCACCGGUUGUAUCCGCCACUUUGUGAUUGAUGGGCGCCCUGUCAGUUUCAGUAAAGCAGCCUUGGUCAGCGGUGCUGUGAGCAUCAACUCUUGUCCCGCUGCCUGACAUGACCAGGCCACAGCUACCUAGAGUACUGAGUUCUUUGGAGCACUGAAAUAAACACAGAGACAACCAGGAAGAACUCUCUUCCUCUCAGUAGAAGCUCUCAUCUUAUUGAACAGGAACUUAAAAUGAAUUGUUGGUGACUGGAUGUUUCUUCCCAUCUGGAUUUAUAACCUGGGGUCCAAAGCACUUGCAGUGGGGAAAAGAAAACUUGUGUUGAAAGCAUACAUACUUUCUGUUGGCAAAGUUACUGUUGCUGUCUCUAAUAAAAUAAAAUGGGUUCUAAACAAACACUGGUAAGCAUUUUGUAGUUGUGACUACAUUCUCAAAUUCACCUCU